CAUCAGGGCACUGAUAAUCAGUGCCCUGAUGAUCAGUGCCCAGAAGUGCCACCCACCAGCUCUGCCCACUUGUGCCCAGCAGUGCACCCACCUGUGCCCAGCAGUGCCUACCAGUGCCACACACCUGUGCCCACCAGUGCCACCCAGCAGUGCCACCCACCUGUGCCCACCAGUGCCACCCACCAGUGCCCAUUAGUGCAGCCCAGCAGUGCUGCCAGUCAGUGCUACCAGUCAUCAGUGCCCCAGUGCCGCCAGUCAAUACCUAGUCAGUGCCACCUAUCAGUGUUGUCUAUCAGUACCCAUCAGCAGUGCCGCCUAUCAGUGC